AAUUCCUGUAUAUAGUCACACCUUAGGUUUCGAUUGUCGAAUUGUCGAUUGAUCAGUGUAUUAUACUCAAUGUUGUAGUAGUUUGUGUAUUUUGUCGUGCCAUAUUAUUAACAUUAUUUAUAUUAUAGCAAAUAAGCCCAUAAAGACUGUAUAUCGAUAGUGAUGCAUUUUAGGAUACAGAGGAUACUGUUUUGGGCGAUCCUCAUUGGAUUUGCAUCCACAGCACAGAAUAAUCAACGAAUCAGUAGUGAUCUUACAUUUAAAGACGAAGAAGACUCGGCGAUCGAAGGAAGCGGAUAUGACGGGGAGGUGACUCAUGACCUUGAAUCCAGUGGCUCCGGUUACGGACCAGACGAUGAAGAUGAUCAUGAUGCUGAAAAACUUAAUAGAAUAUUGACAGAGACUAAAAUCAUUCCAGUUCAAGAACCCAGUCCUCCAAAAUAUCCAAAAGAAACAGAAGUUGACAAAAAUAUCAGUAAAGAAACUAAGACUGUACCAAAUACUACUCCUGAUACAAGUGUCAGAAUGAAUCCAAAAUCUGAUGAUCGCCCGACGUCAUUCUUUGCCCAACCAGGCAUUUUAGCUGCUGUUGUUGGAGGCGCCGUUGUGGGAUUGUUGUGUGCAAUAUUAGUGGUUAUGUUCAUCGUCUACAGGAUGCGUAAAAAGGAUGAAGGUUCUUACGCAUUAGGAGAACCUAAGCAAUCCCCAAACUCAAAUUCAUAUAGCAGAGCUACAACAAAUAAAGAAUUCUAUGCCUGAAAAUAGUUGUAUAGAAAAUAAUGAUGUUGUGGAAGAUCUGAAACUGCUCAUUGGAGAAGUAUAGGAAAAGGGUAUAAGUGGGAUCUUCUACUAAAUUUCGACCUUUACCUACAUAAGCACAUGAUGCAAUUUUACAUAUUGGUUUAAAUUUCAAAAAAAAUAUUUUGUUUCAGAAAUAUAUUUUCUAUUUUUCAAAAACUGCCAUAAUUAUCGAAUCGCCAUUUGUUUGAAUUUAUUUAUAAUUAUUAGGAUGUGUAUAUAAAUAUACAUAUAUAAAAUGUAACAAAAGUAAAUGUUGUACGUCCAUUUUAGUUUUGAGUCUAUAGUACAUUUUAAUUUUUAUGUUAUUACUCUAUACUGAAUUUCUUUUUAUUGAUGAAAUGUACUCUAAACUCAAAUAUUACUUAAAGGUACCUAAUAUUCAGAAUUAAAUUAAGUCGUAAGUUUUACUAACAUUUUUUAAAAUUGUCUAACUCUAGUUCUGUAAGCUUGUGCAGCUUUUAUGCUUUAAUUUAUUUAUAUUUUAUAUGAGUAUCUCAAAUCAAACCAUUGGUGUUCUACUCAAUUUGUGGAAUUACAAUGAUGUGUUUUAUUUUCUAUUGCUAGGAAGUGGUUAUGGUUCUAAACUUAGCUUUUGGAAAGAAAAUAAACAACUUCAAGAACUCUUUUUCAUUGGACCCUAUAAAGAUUGUUCUUGUAAUAAGUAAAUUAUUGGAUUAAACUCAUAAGUCUAAUUAUAUCUGUGCAAUCAUUGCAAAAAUUGGAAAACGUGUACCACAAAAUUCACAAUAAUAUUUUUACUGUUAGACUUUGUGUUACUUUAAAAAUAGAUUAGAUUUCAACUCUGAAAAUGUUUAUUGCAACAAUUGAUUUCUAAAUGUGGACCAUACAGUCACAGAGUUUUUAGAGUAACCUUCAGUAAGAAUUUAUUAGAAAAUAUCUGCUCUUCCACAACUUUAUAGAACACCAUAAUUAACAAAAAUAACCCAUUACAGUAGAUUAACAGACAUUCCUAAACUUUAUAUUUUUAAUUAUUGCAGACAAUGAUUUUUUUCAAUUAGUUUUUGGUAGCUAAAAAUAACAUAUGUGAUAUUUAGACUUGACUCUUCAAACAUUUUGUCACCAUUUAAUGUAGUAACAAUCAACUAGGUAAUAUGCCAAAACAGUGGACUGAAAUAUUUGUUUUACGAUAUACGUAUUUAAAUAGAUGAUACUAAUUUCAAAUAUAUUUGACAAUACAUAAUGCUGAAAGUAUUGACCAUAAUCCUUUAUUAGAAAAACGUAAUGCUGCAGGUUGUGCACAUCUAUAGUUUUGCUUGGGGGUUAAGAAGCACAAAAUAAUUAAAAUCUCGGAUAUGUUUUACAAAUGAUUGAAUAUUUUUGAAAAUUUAUUUCUAUUUUCACAAAUUAAACACAAACUAAAACAAAUUUGAUUUUUGUUUUAAAAUCAAAGAAAAAAAAUUCAUUCUACUCAAAAUAGUGGUAUAUAACAAUGAAUACUGUUCCUCAAAAUACAGGGUGUGUUAUACACUGUACAUUGGUAAAUAAUUUAUAGUUAUAAAUGUAUAAUCUUUAAAUUGAGGAUAGCUGUACAUUGUGCGCAUCCAUUUUGAAUUGAUUUUUAACAUAAUAUUAUCAAGCACUUGAAUUGAAACUUGAGAAUUGAGGUACAUAAUCUUAUAAAUACUUUUAAUAAGUCAAGACAACAAUUUUUCUAUAUGAUCGAUCCUAGGUAAAAUAUACAAAAAAUACAUUCAUUGAAAUAUUAGAAUCUCACAGUUUUGCAGAAUUUGAUCUGUACUAUUAAAUAUGCAAUAGCUCACUCAGCUUGAUAAACUUCUUAUUUAUCUUAUUUCGUAUAUAUCAUAUUCUUAUUUAACAUACAAAUAAAUUCCCAUUAUGAAAUAAAUAAAAACUUUAUAUAACAAGAUAUACAAUGGCUGAAAAGAAUAAAAUAUUGUUGUAAUUAAUGGCCGGUACACACGACAACGAAUUAUCAUACCGGUUUGUGAUUUUUUUUAUUGAAUAUGUAUUGGUGAAUUAGCGCAUAUUUUUUAAUUGGUACAAGUGGACGAAGGUAUAUACAAAAUCUAUGAAUCAUAUAAGUCAAUCUUGAGGUUCUUUCUAAGUGCUUGCUGGAAGUAAAUUCUUCUACACAUGUCAAAAUAAGUUUGUUAUGAAAUCCUUAACGUAUUAGAAGAAUUAAUUCAGUAUUGUAGAAAUGAAGUUUCCUAGUGGAAUAUAAUAAGUGAAGGUUAUUACGAUCGCAAUAAAAAAAUGCUGAAUAUGACAGAUUAAAUGAAAGUAUAAACAUGCUAAAUGGAUACAGUAAUGAAGAAAAUUAACAUGUGAUUCUUGUGAUUAAAAAAUAUGGAGCUGGCGAUGCUGAAGUCUAUGUUCCUCAUUUAUAGGAAUUUGUAUUUGUAAAGAGUGACGACAGAUAUCAUCGAAAUGUAUAUGCAUUGUGGAAGCUCGAUAAACUGCACAAACACAUUAGGUCCAAGCACUUAGAUAAAUGGUUGCAUGUAUAAGACUAGACUAUGUAUUCAUUUAAAAAAUUAAAAUUUAUGGGUAAUUUUUGUACUACAAUCCUCAAACCGGACAUGAUUGAAAACAGUUAUUGAGUGAUGUUUCACUUUUACCAGUUUUCUCAAUUUCUACACUAAUGUCAUUUUACAUUUUACGACAUAAAUAAAUUUUUUUUAGUGAUGAUUCAAUUGAACUGGAAGUUAGAAGUGGAUUAUUUAGUAUCAAUACACACUUUUCAGAGAUAAUGUAAAUAGAUUAUUCAGAAGUAAUUAAUCAUUAAAUAUAUUUAAGUAUCAUGAGGUUUUAAAUUGAAAAAAAGUAUUAGAAAUUACUCAUGAAAUCAAUGAAAACGGAGUAUUAAUGGAAAAAUUUUUAUACCAAUAGGUGUAUCCGCACAAACUUUUCUCCAUAUGCACAAAUCGUAUAUCGUAUACAACAUGUAGAAACAAGUAUAACGAAAUUUUGGCCAUUUUGUUGUCUCACCACAUCAAAUACUCAUUUACAUCUUACUAGCAGGGUAGAAAAACAUAGUUUUAAGUUAUACAUGCUUGAAAUAUUUUCAUACAAAACCAAUAAUUUUAUACAUAUAAUUGACACAAUAUAUCAAAGACAUUUUAAAACAGGUAACUAUAUUGAGUUUAUUAAAGGUAAUUUGUAUACUUAUGUUGUUGUUCUGAAUUUUUGAUAGCUACAUAUCUAUCAUGUUGCUUCAAAUUAUCUGACUACAUUUAUGGUAUUUGGUCGUUUUUUGCUGAAUUCGGUUGAUCUUCAUGUCAAGAAUCACUUGGUCCACAGAAGAAAUAAAAUACACUCAUUCUUGUCGAACAAUUAUUAGAUAAAGAUCUGUAUAAAAAAUUGUGAUUAUUUGUCACAUACAAAAAAAAGGAUACUUGAAACAUAUAUUAUUCUUGUGGGACGGUGUUCUGGUAUUCCUUUAUUGAAUAUAUAUAAAGAGCUAUUCUAUUGUGGAGACAUAUUAUGUCUAUUAUAUCUUUUGGAAAUUAUUUCCGACAAGCAGCUGAAAAACAGGGUUCCAAAAAAGUGUUAAUAAAUAUGCAGAUGGUAUUAAAAUUAUAUUGGCAGCUGUAAAAAAGUUAAUAUUGGUAUUUUAUCAUUGAAGUAAGAUGUUGACAAAUUUCCGUAAUUUGCUCAAUAAAUACGAACAUUUGUUAACUCUCUUUUGCUAUUUAAUGUUUUAUUUCCUUUUAAGAUUAUUCUUGAAAUGCAACUACAGACUACAGAAGUGGAUUAUUGUGUUGCUCAUAUUUGAUUUUCUCACAUUCACUAAAGUAGCUUGGUACCUCGCACAAGGUUGUACAAAUAUUUUAUCUGGUGGAUAUGUAUCCAUAGGACUUUUCGGAAACUAUAACCCUAGUUCAGGUGAUUGAGGAUUCUAACCCAUAACGAGAUUCAGAUCACACUUUCCGAUAGUCACGUUCAAUUUUCGGUAAAAAUUUCAAAUUUAAAACAUGACAUGCAAAAUCUUUUGAAUUUUAUUACUUUUUUUGUGCGUUAAUUAUUCCAUGAUAUUUAUUUAGCUGUAUAUCAGAUUCUAGAUGUUUAAUAUUUGUUAUUGAGCAAUUGUAGCCUAUUAAUGACGCUGCUCUGGAGAAUUAAUAGUAGACAUCUAUUUUAGGGAAUAAAUAUAAUUAACUUUUAAAGGUGAAAAACCAUAGACAAAUGAUACAACACUUUAGCCGAUCGCAUCUACCCAUUGGACUACAAGGUAGAAAGGAUCAUAACAUGACUAGGGCCUAAUUAAUUCGAUCAGUUUCCGAACAACAAUGAAUGUGAUCCAAAUUAGUUUCUGAACAUUCAGAUUUUGAUCGGAAUAACCCGAUCAUAGUUUCCGAAAAGUCUUUAUGUAUCACAUCGUUCAAGAAAUAUAUAUAUAUAUAUAUAUAUAUAUAUAUAUAUAUAUAUAUAUAUAUAUAUAUAUAUAUAUAUAUAUAUAUAUAUGUUUCAAACUUUCUGGUUUCUUAUUGCAUCUAAUGUAGAUACGGUUUUCACUUAUUGGCCUGGUUAUCUGGUUCAACUAGUUCCUAUUCAAUGUAAGUAGUUUUCUUUUCAAUUAAAAAUGUUCCUCCAUUUUUUUAUAGUUUCAGUGAAUCAAGUAUUACUCAAUGCUGAAAGGGGGUUUGAAAUGACUUUUUGUCACAUUCUUCAACUUUCUGGUUGCCUUGAAAUCCACUAAACCAGAUCUGUUUUGUUAUCACAUUUUAAUGCUGUCUAACAGAUCUAAUAUAGUCAUGAUAUUUUUUCACAGUUUUCUUGUUAUAUUCCUAAGUAUAUCUGUUAAAAAAUAAAUAGAUGCUUAAGGCAUAACUGCUGUUAAUGCUGCGCAUAUUUCAUUAUUUUCAUGGUACGGUUUUCACAAUCUUUCGUUCUCUUAUCAAUCUUCCAUUCUCAGAAAUUUUCUGUAUGGGAUGUUUUUGUUUGCAGAUAAUAUGAAAGUCCAGCUAUUUGUUUCUACCAUCAUUCUUUAUUUAGUAUGUGGUGAGAUGGACUUGUUGUUUGAACACUUUUUAUUCAAAUGUUUUGUUAUUCUUCCUUAGUUAUAUAAAAUUUUGGCAUUUAUAUAUUUGGAGAUAUGCUACUUUUUCGGGUUAAUAGCUCAAGAUCUUAUAAGUUCUCUCGAUGAUGACAACAUAAUUAGAUAGUGCUUUGCAUUUUUGUAUUGACAGCUAAUGUAAGUAAAAAUAACUACACCAACCUGGCAAGCUUAAAAUUUACUUUUCUAAAUUUGUAGGCAGCUACUUAAUACUUUUUAUUUUAAAUAUUUUGCCAGCAAUAUUAUGUUAAGACAGUGGAUACAAUAAAACUUCAUAUUUCCGAGAUUAAAGCAAUACAAGUUGGUUAUAUGGAAUAUCUUUUUUUUAAUAAAAAUUACAUCCAUAUUGUGUAUAUAUAUUAGAACUUUGUUUCAGAAUAGUUGAGUUUUAUAUAUGCUUAAUAUGAGAAAAUGUUAUAAAAUAAAUCGGCUGGUGUUGUAGAAAAAAGGUUAAUUAAGAAAUAUGUUGUAGAUGUCAUGUUAGUGAGUCAAGGCAUCAUUUCGAAUCAAAAUGAAAAUACAUGCUAUCAAAACAUCUUUGUAGUACAUGUUGAAAAAUAUUUCCAAAUGCUGUUAAAGCUUAAAAUAUAGAUGUUACUUUGCUGUCGCCAUUGCUAUUGAUAUUGUAGUUUAACCAGUGUAUGUUGAUGACUUUAUUGGUUAUUGAAUGAGUAAAGUUCAUAAACAUCUAUAUUUUAUGUGUUUACUGGAGUAAGUUAUAUAAUUUUAGGUGAGAUUUUUGGCCAGCAGAUUCUGCAGUAAAUAAUACAGCUUGUUUACUUAUACAAUACCAUCUUUCACUAUUUUUAUUUUCAACAGAAAAAAAAUUUGAUAUAUCAAUUAUUUACUUCUACAAUAACUUUUUUAUUAAACUAAUUGUAGCUAUUUGAGAUUAAACUGUAUAGUAUUAGAAUAAUGUUGUACAAUCCAGUUGUAAAUAUAUAAAAUCGUAAAAUUA